UCCUUGCACCACCACCCUCGUCUGCACAGCCACCGGUUCAUUAGGAAGUACUUCUCACGUACUACUGGCAGCGUCGCUCGUUACCUCUUUCCCCUGUGGCUCGUUUGUCUUCUAGGCCGUCUCGCAGUGGUAGUAGUCACCUCUUUGUGGCAUUCUACCUACGGUAGUUUUCCAGUAAUGGCGUCGCAUGUGGCCGUGAUGUCGCCGCAUUCCUCGGCCAUCAUCACGCGACUGGGCGAUGUCCCCUUCAACGAAAAUGACUCCGCUGCUGCGGCAGACGACGACUGGCUCCUCUCGUACCUCGCCACUACCUGCUACGGCAAAGACCCGCGCCUGAGCUCCCGCAACGUCACCGCACUCGGCGGCGCCUCCGGGGUCUCGCCGCUCUCCUCCUCACGCAGCCGCGGCUCGUCCGCGGCGUCCCGUGACGUCUUCUUCCCUGGUGAGGACGCCGCCGCCUCUACCCUCCCCUCCCGCACGACGUGGGACGCCGCCACCGCCACCGCCACCGCCACCGCCACCGCCACCGCCGUCGCCGCCGCCGCCACUACCGUCACAAUCCUGAAGGCCUCCGACCGCCGCGUCCUCUCGCCGCCGAGUCGCCGAUCUGCGGAGGGCUGCGGCGACGCGCACUCAGCGACCGUCGCGUUCACGGCGGCGAUGCCCCGAAACCAGCGGUCGGUUCCGCCAAGAUGGGAAGCCCAGCUCGCCGCCAAACCCGUCUUACGGUCGUUGAACGACGCGGCCGCUGCGCCGCAACACGAUGAUGUGUCGCCCGGCGACGACGCCGGCGACGCUGGCGACGUCCCCCGCGACGACGGACACGGUGUGUGCGAGGAGCACUCCCACAGCGGCGAGGACUUCCGCGCGUGGGUUGCGACGUCGCAGUGGCGAGCCGCCGCGGAAGAAAGCGAGUCUAACGACGCUAGCGACUCCGCCGCUACCAGUGGCGGCGGGGGAAGCGUCGCGGGAGCAGGGACACGAGUGACGGGGACAGCAGCCCUUAAGGCGCGCUCUGGCGAUGACAGUGGAACUGACACUGGCAGUUGCAGUGGCAGCGGCAGUGGCGUCGGCAGCGGCGUCGGCACCGGCGGUAGCGGCAUGCGACGGAUGUCGAUAAGCAACAGGCGGCGACAUGCCGUGGACUACUCCGAGCUAGACGCCGUGCGAGAACGGCUCAAGCACGCAGCGAGCAUGUGGGCCAUCACUACCACUGACUGCCAGAAAGACAGGCAGGGCAGUGACAGCAGCCAUCCUGGCAGCCUUGAGAGCCAAGACGGAGGCAACCGCCCUGACAUGCGAGACACGUGCAACAUCCCCUGCGACGGCAAGGAGGCUUCUGCUGCCAGCAGUGGCGGUAGCUCCAAAGAGGGGUCCGUUGAGGUAAGAGAUGAGAGACGAGAGAAGUUGUGGGAGCUCACGGGUCGCUUCAAACCCCGUGAACAGCAGCAGCAGGUGCUGGGGUUGGGGUUGGGGUUGGGGUUGUCAAGGAGGCGCAGUGCAAGUGCGCUCCUGGCAGUGGGGGCAGCAGCUGACUGCGCUGCUAGCAUGGCCAGCGAUGCGAACAUGGGCAUCGGCGCGAUACGAAAGCCUCGGCACAGCACUAGCAGCAAGGUUGCUCCGUCCUUCCUAUCAGGGGCUGUUCUGUCGAAAUGGAUUCCACGGAGCUGACUCGGAGCUGACUCUUGCAAGAAAGAGCAGAGAGUGACAGAGGGAAUAGCUGUUCGAGCAUUUACUUCUGUAGCAACUUUGGUUAGUAGACAGAUGGUGGUGAGGGCAGGCAGGCCUGCCUGGUGGGGAGCAUGAGUCAUAAUGAGCUAAUUCGCUUGUACCAAGUUGGAAGUGCGUUUCUAUUCAUUCUUUGCCAA